AUGAUCGCGCGGCCAGCUCUUCGAUCAAGCCGCGUCGAAAGAGCGCUCGGAGUUCACGCCAGAAGAUUGCAUGCACCUCCAAGCAGCCAUGUUCUUCGCGCUGGAGUACAGCAGCUGGGUGCUGUGAGGGGUACAGUCAGGUUACCCGCUGUCACCGUAAAGCUCCUAUCAGGCCACCAUGAUCCAAAAGCGCCAUUCGGCUCUGUUCGCAAAUAUCAUGUGGCCCACGGCAUCUCAGAUGGCACGCAGUCUUUGGCCAGAAAGGCCGAGGGCAUGGGAUAUGCUGUUCUUCACGAGCGGGCUCAAGACAAUCGUGAUGGCUUCUUAGUCUUUGGUUCGCAGUUUUUGAGGCAAGUCUUCAACAUCCAUUCAAAGAAGACCCUAGCUAACAAAGCCUGUAGGGAGAACUGUCAAUGCGCCGGUUGUAUCCACCCAGACACAAGGCAAAGAGCGCUUGACCCGUUCGUGAUCCCGCCGGAGGUCUCUAUCAAGUCCUACAAAAGUCUCCCCGAUGGAGCUACCCAGGUCGAAUGGUCCGAUGGACACACGGGCAUCUACCCCCAGGAAUGGCUUCUUGAGCACCAGCACCGUGAAUGGCAAUCCGAAACAGAAUCGAAUAAGCUGCUCAUAACCGAAACUGCUCUCCCCCCUCCAAGGGAGUGCGAGCAAUUCAAAGACGAGGGACAAGAGCCACCAUUCGUCCUCCACGAUAAGGUGAUGUCUUCCGACACCCACUUGCUCGAGUGGCUUGAGAAUAUCGCGGCUUCUGGGGAUUUUACUGCGGAUCUGACCUUCAAGGAUACUGCGUACACCAACGAAGGACUUGCUCCGCAUACCGACAACACCUACUUCAGCGAUCCGGCGAGGCUGCAGCUAUUCCACUUACUGUCCCAUACCGAUGGAUCAGGUGGCGAGAGCACCAUGCUUGAUGGGUUUGCGGCUGCUCGAAAAUUGUACCAAGAAUCACCUUCUUUGUACAACUCUCUCGCGACUGUGAGGCAUUCAUGGCACUCGAGCGGAAAUGAAGAUGUCUGCAUCCAGCCUUCUGUCCGUGCACCCGUGUUCUCUAUCCACCCCGACUUCGGGACGAUGUAUCAAGUGCGCUGGAACUAUUAUGAUCAGCUGCCGAAAAGCGAUUGGAGCCUCGAAGAACAGAGUACAUGGUACAAGGCCGCCAGGCGAUACUACGAAAUUCUGAACGAACCUGGACGAGUCCUCCAGAUGCAACUGGAGCCAGGGACUGCUUUGAUUUUCGACAAUUGGCGGAUGAUGCAUGGUCGCACUGAGUUCACCGGGAAGAGGCGGAUGUGUGGUGGCUACACGAAUAACGAUGAUUUCAUCUCCCGGUUGAGGCUUCUCAAAUUUGGCCGAGAGAAGGUGCUGCAGAAGAUGGGAAGCUACUGGGAAAGAGAUGAUCCAUCCAGUCCGUAUAGUGUCUAUUAG